CUGCUGAGCUGCAGAUCUUCAGUGUGAACAGAGAAGAGCUGGAGCGAGCAUCGCUGCAGGGAACAGACUCUACCUCACCACAGUGUCUUUGACUGAGAACAGCAGCAGCAGCAGCAGGAUGACUCUAGCAGCUUACAGGGAGAAGAUGCGAGACCUCCCCCUGGUGUCUCUCUUCUGCUCCUGCAUCCUUCCCGAGCCCAGAGAGCCGGCGGCCGACAAGAAGGAAGGCGUGGUGGACUUGAACCUCUGCAGCAUCCGGGACAUGGAGGUGAUCGAACUGAGCAAGCGAGCGAGUGGCCAGGCCUUCGAGGUCAUUCUGAAGCCACCCACCUUCGACGGCGCCCCCGAGCUCAGGGCCACGACACCGCCUCGCCAGAAACCAUCGCUGGCGGAGAUCCAGAAGAAACUGGAUGCUGCUCAGGAAAGGAGGAAGUGUCAGGAGGCGGAGCUGCUGAAGCACCUGGCCGAGAGGAGGGAGCACGAGCGGGAAGUCGCUCAGAAAGCUUUGGCCAAAGAGUGUCAGGAGCAUCGCGCCACCGCCAACAUGGAGCAGCGGCAGAUGCACCUGAACGCCUCACAGGAGAGGCUCCACGAGGAGGACAAGCACAGCGUGGAGGUGUCUUGAUGGCCUGAUCACAACACAAGCUGAACCUUAUUUGGAAGCCAUUUUGGAGGGCUGAUGAGCUGAUAUUUGAUGUGCCGGGAUGCUGGUGCUACUCCGGCGCAGAGACUGACAGGAAGUAGCUCUGAAAAGAGUAAGAGAAGAAGACGAUGAGGAGGGCAGAGGGCAAGACCGACUGCACAACAACUCCUCUGUACAACCAGGACUCUCUUUAACAAGACGAACUCUUUAUAACGAGACGGACGCUGCAGAUUCAGUCGUCAUUAGAUGGUUUGAAGGGGUUUUACUGUGCUUUGUUUCCAUGCCAACGGUGCCAAUGUGCUCAUGUGUGUGUGAAUGUGUGUGCCUAUCAACCUAACAUGAACCAGAUCCAUCCCCUACGACUAAAAGGAAACCUUCCUCUCGGACUUUGAACGUCAAAAUUAACUGAAAUGAAGGAUGCGUGGAAUUACAGCUGAUCUCAAUCAAACAGCGCCAUCUGCAGGAUCGUUUAAAUCAUUGCAUGUGGCUCUUUAGCGACAUCUAGUGGCAUCUGUAGGUAUAAAAUAAGCAGCAAGCAGAUCCAUUUUGACCUUUAGGAUUAGAGUCAAGAUCACUGAAAGUGAGUCCAAGACGAGUUAGUGUUUCUGAGGUCAAUUUAAGACAAACAUCAGCAAAAAUAGAGCUGAACUUAGUCGUAGAGGUGAGAUUACCAACAAUGAAAUCACCGCUACACAGGAAGUCAAACCACACCCUAAAAUCCCCAAACCAAAACAGCGCUGCCCUCCAGGGCAGCUCGUUUCACCCGCUCUUUUCCUACUUUUAAAGGCAGAAGUUCUAGGCGCUGUGCAGGGGUGGAGACAUCACAUCUUUGCUGUUUCACAGAUGAUGUGGUUUGGAUCGCUCAGACUCGGUGUCUCUGGAUAUUUGUCAUUAGUGAGGGAAGCGUGGCGCAGGAGAGAUUGACUCCCAGGUUCUGUUGUGAUGAUGAGAGAGAGCUGAGCGUCGAGGCGAAGCCGUCAGUCAGUCUACGCUCCUGCACUCACCGAUGGCCCCGAGCGGAGUGUGGCGACCGAAAGAGAUGAGGGGGUGAGGACCUCAGAGUAGACUCACCCCAAAAAGAGUCAGCUGAGGUGGUUGAGCAUCUGACCAGGAUGCCUAAUGGGCGUUUCCUAGAUGACCUGUUUCCUCCUGGGCGUGUCCUACAGGGAGGAGACCGUCUGCGUGUUUGGAAACACCUCAGUGUCCCCCAGAAGAGCCAGAGCUAGCCGGGAAGAGUGAGCGCAACCAAAAGAUUAAGACAAAUCCAACCGAAGUGCGGGUUUUUCUGUUUCAAACUUUGCCUUUAGGUUUGUUUCCCACCAGUUAUGCAUCUCUUUGUCUUUCCUGUGUGAAAUGGACGCGACACAACGCUUCUGAGACAUCGGUGGUGUUUGCUGCACCCUGCUGCAUCGAAUGAGUGACCGGACCGACGUGUGUACAGUGUUUACAGCUGCUUAUCACUGCAACAUCAUUGUAAAGGAUUAUGAUAUGAUGAUGAUAAUGUACAGAAAUCACAUUAUAUUUUAAAUUCAACAAUAAA